AUGCUAUCGAUCAUUUCUGGCCUGCGCCUGUCAAGCGACUUUGUUCAACCUGUGACUGUGACUGCCUGUCGUCGAAUAAAACAGAGAGAUUUCUUGAGAAAUAGCUGGUUUUCAUUGGAUUUUCACAAUGACAAGUCAAUACAUUGUUCCAAGGAAUUUUCGGCUCCUUGAAGAACUGGAGGAUGGGCAGAAGGGCUCUGGAGAUGGAACGAUCAGCUGGGGUUUGGUGAAUGAUGAUGACAUGGCCAUGACAGAUUGGAACGGCAUGAUUAUAGGCCCACCAAGGACUCCUUUUGAAGGAAGGAUGUAUAAUUUAAAGCUCAAGUGCGGUCCCAGAUACCCGGAUGAUCCCCCCACUGUCGUUUUCACCAAUAGGAUAGCACUAAGCUGCGUCGAUUCACACUCGGGCGAGGUUUUGAAGCGGAAUCUAUCAGUUCUAGAUAAAUGGCAGCGGUCGUACACUAUCAAGACUAUCCUCUCUGAACUCAAGCGUACAAUGACGGCCAAAGACAAUGCAAAGUUACAACAGCCUCCAGAGGGCGCCAGAUAUUAGUAAAUUACACAUCUGUUAUGUUGCGGCUAUCUCUUUGUAUCCCUUCUCCACCCUCAUUUUCUAAUCCCUUUUUCUCUCUAUCUCUCUUCAUUAUUUUGCUCUCUCUCUCUCUUUCAAGGUCUUCACAUCUUAAUUAAGGUCUUAAGAUCUUGAUAGAUCUUAAUUGAGAUCUUGAUCAUAAUUGAUCUUAAUUUCUCUCACGUGUCCAUGCUCUCAAUUAUUCUGGAUUUUUUUUAGCACUGUCCCCCCUCCACUUGUGUUUGUUUUUUUAGAAGUAAUUACUCGUUAUGGUGAUAUAAUCACCAUAUCCAUACAUUCUAAUCUAAAUCCCUCUUCUUGACCACCCCACCCCCCACCCACUAACCACUAACUACUGUAGUUAUCUAUUUCUUUAGGAAUGCUCAUGUCAUUUUCUUUGCCUAUACAUGUAUUAUUACAUACCGGUACUUUAUAUAGAAUACUCUUUUUCUCUUUGCCGUAUGUAACUUUCUACAUCCAAAAAAAUGUUCUUGUACUCCUCGUCUCUCUUCCUCUCUCUCUGUCUGUCUGAUUCCUUUGUGCUCUCUCUAUCUGCCCCUAUCUCCAUCCCAUGUUAUCCCAUUUUUUUCUCUCUCUUUCACUCUCACUUUCUCUCAGUCACUCUCUCUACUUCACUUUCUCACACACACACUCACCCUUCAAUUUCUUUCCUGUUCUCUCUCUCCCCCUUCCCCUCUUUCUCCCCCUCUCUCUCCUUGCCUCCCACUUUUAAUUUACCUAGUACAUGUAAUAUCAACAUUAUAACAAGGAGGUAUGGACGCCUCAAGUGUAUAUUUCUAUUAUAUGUAUUAGACAGAUAUCUCCCAUUAGUAUAUGGAAAUAAUUGUAAAAGACGCUCCCAAAGGUUGAGAUUAAAUCAAAACGUUUGAUCAGCCUUUAAAAAGAACAGAAGGAAGGACCACUUUUGUUUUGAAUAUGUAAAGGCAAAGUAAAGUGAAGGUUUUAUAAAUACUCUGAUUUUGCUUUAACCUAUAAGCCCUGGUUUAAAGUUGUGGUUUAACUAUGGAGAGCCAAUUGGGGCACAUAUUCCUAACCGUACACAUCCAUAUUAUUAACUCAUUUGACACUCAAAUUGUUCAUGAUUUUCUGGGAAUGAUAACUAGUACUUUUCUUCAUUAUGAAAGCAUUAGUAAACAUAAGAGACAUACAAUAUAAACAAAAUUUUUGUAUUUUUGGCUCUCCAUAAUUUUAGUUAAACCGUGGUCUAGGUUAAACCUGACUUCAGAAUACGAGCCAUAGAGUUAUAGUGAGUCUCUCCUCUUGAGACACUUCUGCACUUUUCUUUUACCCCUGUAUUUGUAAUCACAUAUGGAAUGAUGUGAAAGAGAUGAUAAUGUACUGAAGAAUUUCCGUAUCCGGCGCAGUACGUUGUGUCGUUCGGGAAUAAAGGCCCUUUAACUAGCUGUCUACCGGAACCAAGUGAUCCCUGUACAAAGCCUACGGGAAUGACAGAAUUCCGUAGUCAACAGGUUAACCCAUUGCCUACUGGGACCAGGGUCCCGUAACACAAGGGUUAGCGAUCAAUCGUACGUUUGAUUUUCACGAUUGAUCGUACAUUGUAGUCAAUGCAGUCAAUCGUAGAAAAAAUUUGUACGAUCAUUGCUAAGCUUUGUGUUACGGGCCCCAGGUGGCUGCUGUACAAAUCCUAUAAAAUAACAGAAUUCAGUAGCCAACGGGCUAACUGAAGCUAAUCAUGAUCCCUGAAUUGGCAACACCAUUAGAACGAUGAAAUCUCAGUUCUAAGCGGAAAUCUUCAACUGUGAUAUGUUGUGAAAUCUUGCAGUGGCUGUUAGGUUUUACCGGUUCCAGUAUUUUUUCUUUUCAAAUUUUGUAUGAUGUUUAUAAAAUGGUUAUGAAAAAAAGUUGCCAAUCGGAUUAGCAGUCAUAAAAGCAGAUUGAUCGUAACCUUAUAACAAAUCUGUACCUCUAUAAGUUGGAUGGCAUUACAUUCAUUGAUAUUUAUGGAUAAUACAGGCCAUGUUCGAUGAAGGUGAUCAAUUAUCAUCCCUUAGAAGUCGUCAGUUGUUCACAUUUGUCAUGGCAACCGUGUUUCUCAGCCAAUUGAAAUCUAAGAUUGGUGGUGAAAAGAUUUGACAAUAUCUUCACGAUGAUGACCUUGAAUCAUGGCCCCAUAACACAAAGGUUAGUAAUUAAUCGUACGCUUGAUUUUCGCGAUUGAUUGUACAUUGUAGUCAAUGCAAUCAAUCGUAGAAAAAUAUUCUACGAUCAUUGCUAAGCUUUCUGUUAAGGGUCCUAUAUUUCAAUGUUGUUGAUGUAUGACUGUACCCUAGUGUUAAGUCCCAAGACUGUUAUUACUUUAUGGAAAACGAGUGUAAUUUGGGAGGAAUACAUCAUUUCACAGAAUUACUUCAUGAAACAAAAUUCUGUCAACUUAUCUUAACUUAUGCGCCCCCCCCCCCACCAAAAAAAAGAUAGGUCAGAACAAACAAGUGAGAAGAAAGAAGCCAACAGAAAAACAUGCGCUGCGUGAAACAUCACAAAUCUCUUUUGCAGUGUUAAGCCUGUUUGCAAAGCUUUUAAUAGGGCUGUUAGUGGAAGACAACAACGAUAUACAGCAGAUAUAUGUGUAUACGUGUCCUAUAGGUCUUGUAAGUUUUUACUACAUGAAAUUACUUUGUUGUAUAUUUUGUACAUGUAUACAAAGUUUAGAUCACUGAGAACAUAGAGUUUGCAUAUUAGAAUGAACAGAAAACGGGGGACUGUGAUGUAGAAAUAAUCCUUGCAAAGCAGUUACCUGACAAAUAUAGUAAAUAUGUUGAACGAAAACUGUAAGGAAACUACAGAAAUCGUUCUGAUCUGCAGAGCAAUAUUACUAGAUUUCAUUUUUGAUCGAUAUAUAUGCUGCUCCUAUUUGAAAAUCUGCCAGAAAUAUUUACACAAAGGACCAUUUUCUUAUUCAAUGUUUUAUUAACUCAUUGAAUGUGAGAAACAAUAUCUCUCGUAUGGCUUGUCAAUUGAGAUAUUUAAUUUGUUAUUAGCGGCGAAAAGAUUUGUAAUUAAAUCAUUAUCAGCUUAUUCGGCAUAGGCCAGUGUUGUACAGUAUCAAGUUUCGUUUGUCAAUUUAUUUAAGUCCUUUUGCUUUCCAAGCAAAUGUAUGAUUUUCAAUACUUGUUGGUCACAGACUAUCUGUUAGAAACCUUGUUUAUAUAUAAAUGAAAAAAAAGGAAUUGGGUUUACUCCUCGGUCCAUAAAAAUGGCUGUUUGUAAACAUUGGAAGUGGGUGCUUUGAUCCGCUGGAAAUACAAUGCGUGUAAAAGUGGGUGUGAGCAGUCAAUAUUAAUUUUAUAAAAGGGGGCUUUUGACUCGAUAAUCUAGGUGAAAUAUGGGAUUAAACCUGUGAUUAUUAUUCAUGGAUUUAUGUAUGAUAAUGUAUGAUAUCUGUAUACAUGUAUUACUAAUAAACUGCUACUGCAUUGUCAAUACUUAUUUACAUAUUAAAUGAUUGAUAUGGGCAGAUAGUAUGUUGGAAACGUGAACUCGUAUAGCCCAACAUCUUCUCUUGCAGUUCCCUAGCAGUUAUUAAAAAUACUCUAUAUAAAAGGAAGAAAAAAGAAAAUCUACAUGUAGAUAUACUAAGCCCAUUUUUUUAUUGCAUAAUUAAGUACCAUUCAUUCAAUACUUAAAAAAUGGUUGAAAAUGUAUAAAAUCACCCAAAAUAAAUUGCUAUGGAAAUUGAAAUCACUGUUUUCCACCCAAAUUGGCAACUUUCCAACAUACAAUGACAUUCUCAGUCAGUCUGUAUUUCUUUCUGAUGCAUACAUUUUAGAAUGAAAAACUAGCAAUGAAAGAUAAAACUGAAGUUGCCAAUUUGGAGAUUGAAAACUAAUUAAUCAAGGAAUCUGUAGCCAUGCAUGCAUUAGCAUUGGGCCAUGCAGUUGAAUGUUUAAUAAUGGUUGCAAAUCAUUAUCAACAGAUAAAAAAUAAUGGUUAUGAUAAUGAUUAUCUAAAGAUACAAAAAAUGUUGCUUAUAAUGCAGUACUAGAGAUAGAUUACAAACAGGUUUCCUCAUUAUUUUAAAAGCUGAUUAAUAAACAGAAACCAGGCAAACAAAACGAGCAUUAUCUGUUCUUUGCAAGUUUAUUUGCAAGUCUGGAGUAAGAUGAAAAUACUGUUUUGUACUUGAGAUUCAUGUUUUAAAGUUAUGUUCAACUUACAGUUUAUUUCGUCAAAGGAUGGGGACACAUGGGCCAUGUAAAACAUAGCCUAACAAUUGAUUCAUGGGACAUACUAUACGAUUGAUUUCAUUGAUUACAGUGUACACUCUUUCAUGAAAAUUGAUCGUAUGAUCAAUCACUGAUCUUUGUGUUAUGGGAUUGAAAUUGCAUUCAAUUGAGUGAUUUAUCAGAUUCUCGUGUGGGCGCGUCGUGGUCUGGUGGUUACGACUCUCGCCUUUCAAACAGAGGGUCGUGGGUUCGAAUCCUAGCCAUGGCGUGUUUUCCUUCAGCAAGAAAUUUAUCCACACUGUGCUGCACUCAACCCAGGUGAGGUGAAUGGGUACCCGGUAGGAUUUAUUCCUUGACGCUUCAGCGCCGAUAUGGCGGCUCAGCUGCAGCCGGGUUAAUAAUAUGAUACCACGUAUCAUAGCGCAGUUGAGUACAUGCACAUACAUGUAGUAACAGCGCUAUAUAAAUGGACAUAUUAUUUUCACCCUCAUUUCUUCUCAAAAUGGUCCAGAUAUCGACAGAGUACAUCGUAAUUCUAUUUUUUUUUAAAUGGAGGUAAGGUCCCGGUUUCAUGAAUUGUGCUAUCAAUAACAAGGUAUAAGACCUGUUGUAAGCUACUGUAAUGGUGGUAUGCGAUUGGCUGUGAGCAACCAUCAUUUCAAACUUUAGUAGAAGUUAUAACAAAGUAUGUGAAAAUGGGAACUCGUAUAAAAGCAUCACAGUUGUACACAUUUUUUGUGGAGUUUUGAUUUCAAAAUGAUUACAUGUAACUGACUGCAUGGGUGCUGCAAGAAAGUGGCAAUCGAUUGCAAGCAACUUGCGAUCAAUUGCCAGCAACUUGCGAUCAAUUGCCAGCAACUUGCGAUCAAUUGCAAGUCAAAUUCGGUCCCAGAGUUAAUCAUAUGUCUUGCAAUUAAAAAAAAAAAUUGUAGUUGAUUGCAGGGCCCCGUCUUACAAAGAGUUGAGAUUGAUCCGAUCAACCACAACUAUGGACGGCCAGCAACAUCUACAUCUAAAAUGCAAAUUUGUUCAAAAUAUUUCCUAAAUACGAUGUAUAUUCAUACAUUCAUCUUUCUUUUGAAGAUUCAGUGUGACACUCUUUGUUAACUAAGGAGAUUGUAUGAAUUUCCCUGUAGAAAAAAUUAUGGGGUGGAUGGAUUUCCAUACAGUUGGGAUUGAUUGGAUCAAUCGUAACUCUUUGUAAGACGGGGCCCAGGUCUGCUUCAAGAAGUGUUAACUUAUUUACUUUAACUAGAAUUGAUCUAUCGAUUCUAAAAUUGCAACAUAAAUUUGCAAUCGAUUGCAGAUAUUUUCUUGCAACACCUCAAAGUUGACUGUAUAUUGAGAGUAUAAUUCUCAAACUUGAAAAAAGAAAAUCAUGUUUUUCUGUACAUGUACUAUAAGUAAAUAAAUACAAAAUGUUGGUGUUUGUUUGA